CAGGAAAGCCGCGAAGCUAUUGCGACAAGAUCUUUGGACCUUUACAAUCAACGACCUAAUAACGAAUUGCGUUCGGGUACAAUUGAUGUAGAUAUCGAAACUUCGUGGUAUGUUACUUUACAGUGUCUUGUUCAUGCAUCGGAAAAGAAUGAAAUUCUAACAGUUCUUUAAGUCUACCUAAUCCAUCAAGUCUUUCAAAGACCUUACGUGGCCUCCUUCAAGACUUCCCUUCGAAUUGAUCGAUUACAACCUCAGUAGCAAUCAUACAAGAUGAUUUCUGACGAUGAACUCUACCGCCUCGCUAUCUUCCUUGGCUCAGCUGCAAUGCUUUUAAUUGUCCUUUACCACAUUCUCGAAGUCAACUCUGCAGAAGAGCCCAAAUCAGACAACAAAGUUAGCUCCACUUCCGCAUCUCAAGACAGCAAAGCAAACGUGGCAAAUAGAUGAUCGGAGAAGAUAAAUUUGGAUUGACAGGAUGAUGGCUUUCACCAUACAGCGGGAGAGGUGUGGUCAUAGAAGGCUUGGCCGGAAAAGCAACACUGUACGACAUAUUUCGACAACUUUCUGGGCGUUUGUAAUUUCUGGAGUUUAAAGGCGGACUGCUUGAUGGAUGUUGCUAGAAAGCGAAAAAUAUUUGGGCGCCCUUUUUCAUACCAAUGUCCUUAGCAUAGCCAACGUAUUGAAUUCACCCAAUGGUUGUGCUAUGAUCUUGCGCUUUGUAUCAUAUGAAUGUCGUGUUUGAGUUGAGGAAGGGCAAGGUGAUUGAGGAUUUGGUUGAUUGAGCAAGAUACCCAUAGUUUAUCCAUCUGAAUAGUGAUUUGAGAAUAUUGGAAGAUAUCUAUGGAGUAUUCAUCAGGAUAGCAUGGAGACCCGACAAAAAC